AUGCCGUCCGCAACCUUCAACCCGCGCCAGCGCCUCUCCAUCCUCACAAACUCCACACUCGGCCACGACGUCAGCGCCGCCUUCAAAGCCUCAUCUGAAUCCCUGACCCAGGCCCGCUCAAACCAGUACGGCGAGACCGCCGCGCCGCCCCCAAGCCCCAUCGACUUCUCCUUCCCCAGCACACCAAAGGAAGACAGACGGGGCAGCGAGAGCAACUGA